AAAAAAAUAAAAGGAUUAUUCUUUUGUGAGAGGAUAAAAUAAUCUAUUUUGCUGACGAAGCAGCCCAUUGAAUUUAUGGGGCAAAAAGCAAAGCCCAUUAAGUCAAAAUCAAAAUGAAAUUUGCUCCGGGACCGGGAGGACCAGGAAGGAAUUGAGCGCCAGCGACAGCCCAGAUCCUAUCCUUUCAGGCCGGCCGCACGAGGUCCCCGGCGAAGACAAUCUAUUCUUCCCGCCAAAAACUCAUCCACCCUUCUCUUGCAUGGACGAUUCACUCUACUGCAGACACUUAAAGCUGCUGCCUUUCGAUCUCCUUUCCCCCACGUCAUCCUCAUCCUCCGAUCAGCCCACUUUCUCCCGCAAAGCCAUGCCCGUCUCGCGGGCUGAAUCCGUCGGUGCAAUCACGUCCCGCGACCACAAACCCAGCAAAUUCCUCAAAUUCACUCUCGACGACGGCACCGCCUGCAUCAGCUGCAUUCUCUGGCUCAACCACCUCAGUUGCCCUUAUUUCUCUCGCUGUGACUCUGGAUCGGUUGCGUUGCUUGCCGACGCGGCCAGACGUUUUGCGGCGGAGAUUCAGAUUGGGAAGGUUGCUCGAGUGCGUGGUAGAAUCGGCAGUAAUAGGGAAGAGGUGUAGAUUACGGCGUCCGAUGUAGUGAUCGAGAGAGAGCCAAAUGUGGAAAUCCUGCAUUGAUUGGAUUGCUUGAGGUUGUUUCGCCAAUGUUAUGAUGGUCUGAACCGUACAAGUAAUUAGGUAGAUUGCAAGUCACUGUUGUGAGGUUCCAGCCAUGCUUAUUGGUGGGUAAAAAGAUGCCUGUUUUAGAUACACCUGUUAAUUAUGGAGCUACCAGGACAGUUUGAUUGAAGUAUGUGCCAUAAAUGCAAUUUUUUUCUUGAACAUGUGAAAUGACAGCCUUUUUUGUAUUGUUUCCUUGUCACAUCUUAAUGAAUUAUUGAGGAAUCAUAUUUGAGCACUUUGACCUUGUUAACCAAGGUCUUUGAAUGGUUAGUUAAUUGGUUUGUAUUGUGGCUUUGGGUUUUUAAUACAAAUAUAAUCAAUCACUUCUG